AUGCAUAUCCUACUAACAAACGACGACGGUCCCCCAUCUCCAUCCUCCCCCUUCAUAAAAUCCCUAAUAACCUCCCUCCGAGACCGGGGGCACACGGUAUCAGUCUGCAUCCCCGCGGACCAAAAAUCCUGGAUCGGAAAAGCCCAUAUCAUCGGUCACCACCCGACACCUACAUUCUACCAUCCUGAUACCGAUAGUACGCAUACGACACCUCGAACGGAUGGUGGUGAGGAAUGGGUAUUGAUCAAUGGGACGCCGGCGAGUUGUACACAGAUCGGAUUGUUUCAUUUGUUUAAGGAGAGGGGGGCUAUUGAUUUGGUUGUUUCGGGACCGAAUUUUGGGAGGAAUUCGUCGGCGGUUUAUGCUUUGAGUAGUGGGACUUUGGGGGGUUCGUUGGAGGCUGCGCUGAGCGGCGCAAAAUCAAUCUCCGUCUCCUACGCCUACAAAACCCGCGACCACGACUGGGGUAUCGUCCAAAACGCCUCCGACAUCUCCGCCAAAAUCGUCGAAAACCUCUACAAUAACUGGCCAACCGACAAUUCCGUCGACAUCUACUCCGUAAACGUCCCCCUGGAAGAAGGCGUCUAUCACGCUAAAAUCCUAUUCACACAUAUCCUUCAAAACACCUGGGGUGGUUGUUACAAAGCCAUCCAUACGAAAGAAGAAGAAGAAGAUCCGGGGAAAUUGGAGAAGGCGACUAGAGAUGGGGUUUCUACACCUGCUGAGGAAACGGGGACGAGUAGUAGUAAUGCUGAAGGGAAUACGGAUAAGUUGAUGGAGAAGUAUAGGUUUAAAUGGGCGCCUAGGUUUAUUGAUGUUGAGAAGGCGGCGAAGGAGGAGAGUGCUGCUGGGAGUGAUGCUUGGGCUUUAAUGCAGGGGUUUAUCAGUGUAACGCCGUUGAGAGCCAAUUUCAUGCACGCAAGUGCUCAGAUUGGCGAGGAAUUGAAGCUGUAG